AUGGCAGACUUCCUGCCGUCGCAGUCCGUGCUGUCCGUGUGCUUCCCCGGCUGCGUGCUCACCAGCGGCGAGGCCGAGCAGCAGCGCAAGUCCAAGGAGAUCGACAAAUGCCUGUCACGGGAGAAGACCUACGUGAAGCGGCUGGUGAAGAUCCUGCUGCUGGGCGUGGGCGAGAGCGGCAAGUCCACUUUCCUGAAGCAGAUGCGGAUCAUCCACGGGCAGGACUUCGACCAGCGCGCACGCGAGGCGUUCCGCCCCACCAUCUACAGCAACGUGAUCAAAGGUAUGAGGGUACUGGUAGAUGCUCGAGAGAAGCUUCAUAUUCCUUGGGGAGAUAACGAAAACCAGCUACAUGGAGACAAGUUGAUGGCAUUUGACACCCGGGCCCCCAUGGCUGCCCAGGGAAUGGUGGAGACGCGGGUCUUUUUACAAUAUCUUCCUGCUAUAAGAGCCUUAUGGGCGGACAGCGUACAAAAUGCCUAUGACCGGCGACAAGAAUUCCAACUGGGUGAAUCUGUAAAAUAUUUCCUGGAUAACUUGGAUAAACUUGGAGAACCAGAUUACAUUCUAUCACAGCAAGAUAUUCUGCUUGCCAGAAGACCCACCAAAGGCAUUCAUGAGUACAACUUUGAAAUUAAAAAUGCCCCUUUCAAAAUGGUUGAUGUAGGUGGUCAAAGAUCAGAAAGGAAACGUUGGUUUGAAUGCUUUGACAGUGUGACAUCAAUACUUUUUCUUGUUUCCUCAAGUGAAUUUGACCAGGUGCUUAUGGAAGAUCGACUGACCAAUCGCCUUACAGAAUCUCUGAACAUUUUCGAAACAAUUGUCAAUAACCGGGUUUUCAGCAAUGUCUCCAUAAUUCUCUUCUUAAACAAGACAGACUUGCUUGAGGAGAAGGUGCAAAUUGUGAGCAUCAAAGACUAUUUCCUAGAAUUUGAAGGGGAUCCACACUGCUUAAGAGACGUCCAAAAAUUCCUGGUGGAGUGUUUCCGGAACAAACGCCGGGACCAGCAGCAGAAGCCCUUGUACCACCACUUCACCACUGCUAUCAACACGGAAAAUAUCCGCCUCAUCUUCCGUGAUGUGAAGGGUACUAUUCUUCAUGACAACCUCAAGCAGCUUAUGCUACAGUGAUGUACAAAAGACUUGCUAUUUUAAUACCUUUUUGUGUUUUUGAUUGUUUUCUGUUUGUCUUGUCUUGUUUUUUAAAAUAGCAGUUUACAACAAGAAUUAGAAAAGUCUUGAUUCUAUGUUUAACAUUUUGGAAAUCUUAGUCCUUCGGCCUUUGGUUUGUGGCUGAACACUGCAGAAUCACACAUUGCCAGUGUCUGCUGGGAUUCAGGCUUUGAUUGGUCUCACCAUGGCACCCACUCAAGUCCACUUGUAACUUCCUGGCCACCUCUGACUAGGUCUAUUUCAGGCUUUAAAUUCUUCCGCUUUUUCAACAGAGUUCUGUGGUGCCAAGUGUAGAUGGCAUCCUUGAAUACUUGCAGGAAUGCCAUUGGGAAUUUAGGCUCCAGUG